UAAAUUUUUCCUGUAAUUGAAGAAAAUCAAAAUCAAAAAGAGAGAGAAAGAAAGCGAAUAUUUUUUUGUUUGUUUUUUCAUUCCCUGUUGAAAACAUAAGAAAGAUAGAUAGAGUUUCCAAUCGAAAGUUAGCGAAAUCAGUGUGUAAAAACAAAAAAUGCAACACUGAAAAGAAAACAAAAUUUUCCCGGAAAAAGGAAACCACAAAAAGUUGCAUUACAACAACAAUCCAUGUGUUUGUUGUUUCAGAUUUGAUCCUUCUUCUUGGAUCUUUGCUUCUUCUUGCUCUCACUAUCUUUCUCUAAAACGAACAUUCUUUUGUUUCUUUCAUUUUUUCUUCUUUUUGUGUUCUUGAAUAGCUUCAAAUUCUGUUUGGCUAAAAAAAAUUAAAAGAAAAUCAUUUUUUGAGCCUAGCCCACAAUAAUUUGCUUCAAAUUAAAUUCUGGGUCGGUUUCAAUUUCGUCAAAAUUGCAUUCUUUGUUCCAAAGGUUUUAAGGUUCAAUGAAGCGGCAAUGAGGUGUUUGUGGAUAAGAAAUGGAGGUUAGAUCAGAGGGUAUACAAGUAAGGUGUGAUAAACUUCAAGGUUCUGUGAUUCCAAAAACACGUUUGAGGAUUUGGUUCAUUCGUGUGUGUUCAAGCAUUGUGCUUUGGACUUGUUUGGUUCAGUUAGUUACAGUGAGUGAACUAUGGCAUUCACAUUUGAUUUCUGGGAUUACUAGUGGUAUAUAUAACAUUGCACAAAUUCAACUUCCUAAACAACAUGAUUAUGAUGGAGUUCAAUUGCCUCCUCCUAGUUUUCUUCCUCCAAGAAAUUAUACGAGUAAUGGUUUUCUAAGAGUUUCCUGCAAUGGCGGUUUGAAUCAAAUGCGUGCUGCGAUAUGUGACAUGGUUACAAUUGCUCGAUUUUUGAAUCUCACAUUGGUUGUGCCCGAGCUUGAUAAGACGUCAUUUUGGGCAGACCCUAGUAAUUUUCAGGACAUUUUUGACGUGAAGCAUUUCAUUGAUUCUUUAAGAGAUCAAGUUCGAAUAGUGAAAAGAGUUCCUAAAAGGUUUAGUAGUAAGUAUGGAUAUUCUACCUUGGAGAUGCCUCCUGUUAGCUGGUCAAAUGAAAAAUAUUACUUGGAGCAGAUUCUGCCCCUUUUUGGAAAGCAUAAGGUGUUACACUUCAACAAAACUGAUACACGUCUAGCGAAUAACGGUCUCCCACUUGAUCUACAGAAACUUCGGUGUCGUGUAAAUUACCAGGCUAUUAAAUUCACUCCUCAAAUUGAGAAAUUGGGGCACAAAUUGAUUCGGAUGCUUCACGAGAAAGGACCUUUUGUGGCACUGCAUCUUAGAUAUGAGAUGGAUAUGCUGGCUUUCUCCGGUUGUACGCAAGGUUGCACAGAUAAAGAAGCCGAGGAUCUCAAAAGAAUGAGGUAUGCAUUCCCUUGGUGGAGAGAAAAGGAGAUAGUUUCUGAAGAGAGGAGAUCACAGGGUCUAUGUCCUUUGACACCUGAGGAGGUGGCCUUAGUUCUUCGAGCCUUAGGUUUUGGUAGGGAGACGCAGAUAUACAUUGCAGCUGGUGAGAUUUACGGUGGCGAACGUAGACUUGCACAACUAAGAGAAGCGUUUCCGUUAAUUGUUAAAAAGGAAAUGUUGCUGGAACGCGAUGAUUUGCAGCAGUUCCAGAAUCAUUCAUCUCAGAUGGCAGCCUUGGAUUUUAUGGUUUCAGUAGCCAGUAACACCUUUAUCCCUACUUAUGAUGGCAACAUGGCAAAACUCGUGGAAGGCCAUCGAAGGUAUUCUGGUUUUAGAAAAACAAUCUUACUCAAUCGAACAAAACUCGUGGAAUUGGUUGAUAUGCAUCAGAACGGAACCCUUAAAUGGAACGAGUUUGCGGAUGGUGUGAAACAGGUUCAUGAAAAGAGAAUUGUACAGCCAACUCGGCGAAGAGUUAUAAUCGAUAGGCCGAAGGAGGAGGAAUAUUUCUAUGCAAACCCUCAUGAGUGCUUGUGUGAGGAAACAAAUUGUGAUGACUUGCUAGGUCAUUACAACAACUCUAGUCAAGUAGCAUGAGUUAAGAGGAGCAAUCCCAAACUCUAUUUCUUUGCACCCAUUCCAAUAGUAAGAUCUAAGUAUACAAGAAUUUUGUAGGAAACAAGGGUAGCUUAUAAAAAGUGUAAAAAAAAGAAGAAGAAAUAUUUGUUCUAUUGAGGCUUGUAAAACAUGCCCCUUCAUUUUACCCUUCAUUAAUUACUAAUUUUUGGUCGCUUAUAAAGGUUAAUUCAA